GACGAAGCGGCUGCACGACGAAUCCAAAAAGUAGGCGCCUCCCGCGACACCCCCACCGUGGCGUGGCACCAUGGCUCACAUGCGACAGGUACUUUGAAGCCAUCAACGGCAUGCUCUCUCACCAAAUGGAGUUUUCCAAGGCCAUCGCCGAGAUCUACAAACCCAUCUCCGGACGAAUGUCGGACCCGGACUCCUUCCACGACGAGGGCAACGCCGCCGGCAUAGAAGCAUGCGACCAGUACGAGGCCGUCGUCCAUGAGCUGCAGGAAACACUCAAGCCAGAGCUGGAGAUGAUCGAGUCGCGCGUCAUCAGUCCGGCCGACCAGCUCUUGGACAUCAUCAAGGCCGUGCGCAAGCUCGCUCUCAAGCGCGACCACAAGCAGCUCGACUACGAUCGCCACCGCACAGCCCUCAAGAAGCUGCAAGACAAAAAAGACAAGACGCUCAAGGACGAAAAAGCAAUGUACCGCGCCGAGGCCGACUGCGAGCAAGCCACCCAGGACUACAACUAUUUCAACGACCUGCUCAAGGACGAACUACCCAAGCUGUUUCUCUUGGAGCGCGAGUUCAUCAAGCCACUGUUCCAGUCCUUCUACUACAUGCAACUGAACGUCUUCUACACAUUGCACGAGCGCAUGCAGCGACUCGACAUAGGCUAUUUUGACCUGACCCUGGACAUUGAGGCAGCAUACGAGAAGAAGCGCGGAGACGUCCGGGAGGAAACAGAGAAGCUCACCAUGGUCAAGUUCAAGACAAAGGGCACUGGCACCCGUCCAGGACAGUCAAAGUAUGCCACCAAGGCCCUGGAGGCCAAGGCAGGGCAGCCUUCAACGUCUGAGGAGACCGACAACCCGCCCCCGCCAUACAGCUCUGGGCCUGCCGUGAAACCCAUGUCCCCUGCGCUAUCGUCGGGUUCGUGGGGCUCUGUUGCAAAGGCAAAGGGGGCUGCACCGCCUCCGCCAAAGCCAAAACCAAAACCCUCACGAUUGAGCGGCGUACCGGCAGUAGAACAUGUCACCGCAUUGUUCGAUUUCGAGGCCCAGGCAGAGGGCGAUCUUAGCUUCUUGACCGGCGACGUAAUUGAGAUUGUAUCACGGACUCAAAACGACAAUGAAUGGUGGAUUGGUAAAGUGAGAGGAAAGCAGGGGCAGUUCCCAGGCAAUUACGUAAAGUUGAAUUAAUGAUCCGAACCGGACCUGAUCUACUCUUAUCUUGCUAGAAGAAGUAUGAGAUACCUGUAAUUGUUGCUCGCUUGGUCUGUAAAUUAGUCAUGCUGCCUGUUUGACUAGACAUUCUUGUUCGUGCCUUGACUGCUCAUCUGCAAGGCUAUAUUCCAACUACGUCUUAAACCUAAUCUUAGCUUUUGGUAUCCCUGUAUAUUUUGAAGGUGUUGCAUUGUUUCCAACUUUGCACGGUUCUGUAUUCUCUAGCCACAUCCCUGAGAUCCGAUUUACCAUGUGGAGAUCACUCCGCAGCCCCGCAUGACGUCGACCGGGUACAUGGACCCUCAGAUGGCUUCUUAUUUCCACCGCAACUUGUGCUUCAUAACUCUUGUAGUGUUCCCUCUCACUGCAGUCUACUGUACGAAUACAUACCAGCGAUAGUUGAU